GGCUCGAGCGCUGCUGCGGUGCAACCACGAUGUCGGAGCAGGAGUCUCUGAGGUGCUCCAGUGCCAGAAACCGUGGAGGCGUACAGCGGGUCGAAGGAAAACUGCGAGCCAGUGUAGAAAAAGGGGAUUACUAUGAAGCACAUCAGAUGUACAGGACUUUAUUUUUUAGGUACAUGUCACAGGCAAAACAUGCUGAGGCCAGGGAGCUGAUGUACAAUGGCGCUCUACUCUUCUUCAGCUAUAACCAGCAAAACAGUGCAGCAGACCUGUCCAUGCUGGUACUGGAGGUGCUGGAGAAGUCUGAGGCAAAAGUUGAUGAUGAAACAUUAGAAAGCCUGGCUAAGCUGUUCAGCCCGAUGGACCCUAACUCUCCAGAGAGAGUAGCGUUUGUGUCCAGAGCCUUGAAAUGGUCCACAGGAGGGUCCGGCAAGUUGGGUCACCCAAAACUACACCAGCUGCUAGCUGUCACCUUGUGGAAAGAGCAAAACUACAGUGAGUCUCGUUACCACUUCCUGCAUUCGUCUGACGGGGAGGGCUGUGCACAGAUGCUGGUGGAGUAUUCAGCGUCACGAGGCUUCCGCAGUGAGGUCGACAUGUUUGUGGCGCAGGCCGUCCUACAGUUCCUCUGCUUAAAGAACAAAAACAGCGCUUCCGUGGUGUUCAGCACAUACACAGAGAAACACCCGUCCAUAGAGAAGGGCCCUCCCUUUGUCCAGCCUCUACUAAACUUUAUCUGGUUUCUGCUGCUGGCAGUGGAAGGGGGUAAAUUAACAGUUUUCACAGUGUUAUGUGAGCAAUAUCAACCUUCCCUGAAGAGGGACCCCAUGUAUAAUGAGUAUCUUGACAGAAUAGGACAGCUUUUCUUUGGCGUUCCGCCCAAACAGUCUCCAUCAUACGGCGGACUGCUAGGAAACCUGCUCAACAGCCUGAUGGGUUCGGGUGAGGAGGACGACGGCGCUGAAGAAGCCCAGGAGGACAGCAGCCCCAUCGAGCUGGACUGAACCUGCCCGAGGACAAAGAGAACAAACGAACACAAAAAAAAAAAAACGAGGACAACCAUGCCGCCUCCCUCCUUCACCUCCACAGCGUGGGUGGGGCGAGGCGGUGGUCCGUGUUUUCAGAGGCGUGCUGUUUCAGAAACCCCUCCCCACCCAUCCAGUCUUAAAAUCAGAGCAAGUAUCAGGCCGCCAAAAACAUCCCUCUCAGCACUGCCGGGACUGACUGCACCAAAUUGCAAACUCUUCCCGCGUUGAAAUAUUGUAAGAUUAUUAUAUUAUUUUAUUUUAAUCAUUGUUUUUGUUAGUGUUGGACUCUUGCUCUUUGUUUAGGGUGUAUUAUUAUUUUUUAACUACCCUCUCCCUGUGAAAACCUGCUCCCAAGAGAUGGGGAUGGUCUCCCAGUGGAGAGGAUAGCAUCGCAAGUAAAAACCCUCUUCAUAACGUUGUAGAUGACAUCGUUAGAAGAGGGCUUACUCAACUCACUACAAUUACUCCACUGUUUUGUUUGCCACACAGAGCUCCAUCAGAGCCACCGUGUGGCUGUUUGCAUUUUUCAGCAGCUUUCUCCGUUGAAACUCUCUUCAUUAAGUAGUAAAUUAAAUGCAGUCAACACCAUCUCUCACUUUCUCAUCUCUUUGUCCUUCAGCAGUAUGGACAAAGACAACAGAGCUCUUUCUAAGUUAUUGUUAAAGGUCCUCUUACACCUUAAAGGGAUACUUAAGAUCUUUGAAUUUGGGAUGUAUGGAGUACUUACCCAUAGAUGGCAUAUUACAAACAGCAGAUGUCAGUCAGCGCGUCCUAGUUUGGGAAACCGGCUGGAGUUCGACAUGGCAACUAAGCAGUGUACUGCUGUGGAUGGGGUCAGCAACAAAAUAUAUUUUGGCCACUUAAUAAAAGACUCAACUGAUAAAUGUAUAUUAGUUUAAGUGUACGCUAUAUGAGAAUAUUCUCACUGCUUUACCUUAAUGUCAGACAGGGAUUUCUAACAGUGAAGUGCAGCUGUUAUAUCACUGUCUUCACAGCCAGAGUCCAUUAAGAAAAACAGUGAUUUAAGAUCACUGAACACAAGAGCUGCUGGUCUGUCACUGUCUCCAAGAGUUUGUUUGUUUGUGUUACUAUGGGACUUUGGAGUUUAAAUUUAGGUUCACUUAAAUCACACAAUAACACUAACUAACUGAUUAAAGCAGUGGUAGACCAGCAGCUCUUGUGUUCAGUCAUGUUAAAUCACUGUUUCUGUCGCUGGAGUCUCUGGUUUUGAUGAGAGUAUAAACGGGGAACUGAAGACAUUCACGUCUUCCCCGUAGGAGCGAGCUGUCUGACAGAAAGGUUAAGAGUGUAAUAGAUUUUUUAGGUGGCUAAAACACAUUUUGCUGCUGACUCUGUCCACAGCAGUACAUUCCUUAGCUUUCAUUUACAAAACCAGCCCGUUUCUCCCAGCUGGUGGUGUACUGACCGACAUCUACUGUAUGUAAUACACCAAGUACCCUAUGCAGCACUGCUUCAAAAAAUCUGAACUAUCCCUUUAAAAAUCAACCAAACAAACCCUUUCUGCUCAGUGUCUCCUCCAUGGGUCAUUUCUAUUUAAGUGAUUAAUAACUGCAAACAUAUAAAACUAGCUCCAUUGUAGAGAUUCCAUGUUUUACUGUGCACUCGCUGAACUGCUGUUUGCAACUUCAAGAGCAACUGUGUGGAAAAAUCCAAUUUCUCUUUUUUUUUUAACAGUUGCCGAGUCGUAAAACAGUCUGGCAAUGAGGUGUUCGAAGCACUUAAAGUCUGUGUUCAGCAGGUCGUUGGCUCUACAUGUCGCUUUGAAAAAGUCCCAAGUUGGGGUUCAAAGUCUGUAAAGUUUAUUGAAGGAGCAAAAUGAGACACUGUGAAAACCUUUCUGUUGGAGUGAAUUUUGCUUUUCUUGUUACAAAAGGCUAAAAUCCAAACUAGCUGGAUACCUGACUAUUCCUCACUCAUUCUUUUGUUCCAUUUCAUUUUCCUCUUUAUUUAUUUACAAGUGGAUCAAUUCUCUUGCGUCCGUUCGGCCAGUGCACAGUCAGAAGUGUGAGUCAAACAAAAGCUGCUCUUCAUCAGUGUUAUCGGCCUUUAGAGAACACACUUCUGUCGUUCCUCUCGACACCUCUCUUUCCUCACACAUUUGAUUCUUCAGCUUCUCUUCACCCUCGUGGUGACACUCGAUCAGUCCAGGUCUUGUCAGUUUGAUUUAAAAAAAAAAAAAAAGACAAAAAAAAGCUCUAAUUGUGCUCCAGAUAAUCUUAAAAGGGGUCAUAUCUCCCUCGUGUAGACAAAUUCCAACUUAAUACUAGGUCUUCCAAAAUAAAGUAAUGUUAAUUUACCUUUGUGUAAUUAUGGAACACAAAAAUGGCUUAUACUAAAUAAGAAAUAAAAUAAUUGUAUGAAUCAGAACAGUGAAAUAUUUAACUGAACAAUACAAAACUUGGUAAUACUCAUGUUGAGGGAAUAUGAUUUUAGGUUUUGGAUAAUAAUGAAGAAAGGUUCAAAUUCAAUGAAAAUUAAUUGUUUUAAUAACUUAUUGACUAGUAAAUUGGGUCAUUUUGAACAUUUUACUCAUUUGUUUACAUAAAUCUUUGUUUCAUGAGUUUCAAUUUUUUGAUGUACGGGACGGAUUGGCUCAAUGUGGUAGUGCUACAGAGGGACAGAUGAAAUAGUGUACAUACUCUGCUGCGACUACAUUGCUCUUUAAUGUUAAAGAUACAGACUCAAAGGGUUAACAGCAGCAGUCGUCUUCAACUUCAAAUGUUUAAAAGACUGAACUCUAACAGUAUUGUGUUUGUUCUGGUGACAGGAUUAUCUGCUACAUCACAGAGGUCUAAAGGGAAUUCAAGGCAAAACUGACCUUUAGGUUCCGCAUCAGCUCACAUUUCAUCAGUCAGAUCAACAACAACAUGCUCAUAUCACGCACCGUUAAUUAUUCACUUCCUUUUUUUGUUAACCUGAAAGUCAGUUUUGUUGGAAUUCUCCUUUUUAUUAUCUGGCAGUUUAAAAAGGUGUGUGACCAAAGACCUGUCUGUCUGUGUCAUCACGCUUUUGUUUUCGAUCGUUUGUUUUCCUUUCAGAACUAAAGGGGAGUGUUUGCCUUUUCGAUGAUUCACUAAUUGAGUAAAUAAACUACAACUGAGAAGAGUUUGAGAAUGUCUCUAAACA